AUGGAUCAAGGAUCACUCCUGCGACACCUGUUCCCUGAGACCCACAAGUCAAUCGAGAUUGUGGACGACGCUCUGACUCACGACGACAUCCUGGGUGCUAAAAUCAAGCACUUCAAAUCAGUGGGGUCUGAUGCGGCCUUCUACCUUGGAAAUCUGGAUAAGAUCCUGGAGCACCACUUCCGAUGGAUCAACAACUUGCCUCGGGUCAAACCUUACUACGCGUUGAAGAGCAACACGACAGAACCCGUCUUCCGCAUGCUUGCUGCUCUGGGUGCUGGGUUCGACUGUGCCAGCAAGAGAGAGAUCGAGACGGUCUUGGCCAUCGGUGUGCCGCCUCACAAAAUUAUUUAUGCACACACCAUCAAGUCCAAGUCCCACCUCAAGUAUGCCUACGCCCAAGGAGUGGACUUCAUGACAUUCGAUAAUGAGGACGAGCUCAAGAAGAUUUCUCUCAUUUGUCCCAAAGCUCGGAUAGUGCUGAGGAUUGAAGUGGACGACUCCAGCGCGAUGAUCAAACUAAGCAAAAAGUUUGGGGCCAGCAUGGACAAGGUGCCCUCCCUCCUGGAGACGGCCCGCAAGCUGCACCUCAACGUCGUGGGCGUGAGCUUCCAUGUGGGCGUGCUGUGCGGGGACACCUCCGCCUUCACUAAGGCCAUCGCAGAUUCCCGCACCGUCUUUGACAUCGCAACAGCGAUGGGUUUCCACAUGGAAGUGGUCGACAUUGGAGGAGGAUACGACGGAAAAGAUACCAACAACAGAUUUGAGAAGUUUGCCGUCGUCAUCAACACAGCACUGGACAAAUACUUCCCCACCAGCAGCGGCGUCCAGAUCAUCGCUGAACCUGGCGGCUUCUUCGCACAUUCCGCCUUCACGCUCUCCGUCAACGUCAUCGGCAGAAAAGUUGUCAAGAGUGACAGCAGCGCCAUUAUUUCUCCCUCAAAAAAAGAUGGCGACAGGAGGAUGUCAUACUACCUAAAUGACGGAAUCCAUGGCUCCUUCUCUAUCAUCGGGAACCAUCCUGGCUACCUGCUCAUCGAGCCGCAUCCUCACAGGAUCGUUGACACCGGGGAACCAACGUACCCAUCGGCACUUUGGGGUCCCACCUGCGACAGCAAGGACAAGAUGGUGGACGACCUGAUGCUCCCCCUGCUGGAUGUUGGCGAGUGGCUCCACUUCAGCAACUUCGGCUCCUACUCCAUCACCCCGCAGAGUGACUUCAACGGCAUGGAUCACCCCGAUAUCUACUUCUACAUCACCGACAAGACCAUCCGGUCUCUUGCUAUGCUCGUGAAGGCCAGCGACAAGCUACGGAAGGAUGCAGAGUAG